AUGCUGGAUAAGGCCGUGGACAGGUUCGAAGGCGGAGAAGAGAAGUAUCUUCGGCGGUACCUAGGGCAAUUGGCCGGCCAAAUGCGCGAGCUGGACCUUAAGUACGCGUUCCUUACAACAUACGAUGAGACCAUUUUCGUUCGGAAAGUGGAUGUUGAAAGCGACUGGGGUCUGGAAUAUUCGCCAGUAAUCAGGCACGAUGACACCUUUGGACAGGCACUUGGUGGGCAGACGUUUAGUGAAACACUGCCACAGUGUUCAAAUCACCGCGCGAUGAGCAAAGUUCUAAGAUUCAUGGAACAAGAACAACGUUACUUAUAG